AUGGCUGAACCUGUCCAGCUCCCUGGCGUCAAGCCUACGACUGUCGGCGGCUUAAUGAGCUUCCUUGAUUUCCCUGGCGAAAUUCGAAACAAUAUUUACGAAAUCCUUUUACUUCAUUCUGAUUUUGUCGAUCCUUGGUAUCCUGUCGAUCAUUAUGUCUCUCUCAAUCCUUUGUUUGGAUAUAUCUCAAAGUACGUAACGGGGCUCUUUCGCGUCAACAAGAUAGUCCACCGCGAAGCCAGCCUGUUAUUCUACAGCCAUAAUCGCUUUAACUUCACUGAAGUCGGUGCUGAGGCAAUAGCCUCGUUCCUUCAACAAAUCGGUACCCGUAACGCAAGCUUUAUUAGACACAUCAUCAUCGACUUCCCAGAAUUCUCGCGACUAGAACCUGGCAAUGUCACUAUUGAAGUGGAAAGCGCUCGCAGCCUCGGAAAGAUUCUGAGCAGCUGCACUGGGUUGAACACGGUUGAAACAUCCUUACGUAUCACAAGCAGUAGGGAACAUGAGCUUGAGAGUCUAGACAACCACGGCGUUGCCGUUGAGGCGCUGGAUCUUAUCGACACUCACUUUCGAUCCAUUACUUCUCUUUCGGAGAUUAUUAUUGAGUUAUGUGAGUAUACACCUGAGAAUGUUCUCAGAAGUACGAUGGAGGGUUGUGGAUGGGUAUUAAGAACACGUCGGUUUUUUUAUGUUCAUGACUGGGACGACAGUGGUGGUGAUGAGUUUGAUGAGUUUGGCGAUGACUAUGACGACGACAGCAAUAGCUACGACGACGACGAUUACGAUAUCGACAACGAUAGCGAUUUCUGGAGAAGAGCGGCAGACUAG